AUGAUGCAUCACCUUGUGUGUGUCCUGUAUCUAUGUGUGAAAGCGCUUGCUGAAUGCCAGCCUAAGUUUGUCCUCUCGGCUCAAAAGGCCAAACAAAAGGCCACCUUCUCGGAUGAGGAGGGGAGGAUGUCAGGUGCCCUUUUCCCGCCUUCUGACAGCCGUAUUGUUGUCUGCCUCGCUUUCGAGCAGAAAAUGUCGUCAGUGCGAAACCGUUUUGAGCUGAAACUAUGCAGACAGAAAACUUUUUUCUCAGUAGAAAUCGGUUUUUCGAUAGUGAUGCGUCACCUUGUGUGUCUCCUGGACCUAUGCGGGAAAGUGCUUGCUGAAUGUCAGCUUAAACACGUCCUAUCGGCUCAAAAGGCCACCUCCUCCGGUGAGGAGAGGUGA